AUGGAGACCAGCAAACCUACGGACUCGAAAGGAGUGUCCCUGCGAAGCCCCGGAGAGCCGGAACAGACCGCCCUCGAGGAGCAGCGGGCGGGGAUCGUGAGCGAGCUGACGGCCGUUUCGGUGGCCGUCGCCGCGGCCGCCUCCACCAAGUCGACCAGCGACCGGAACUCGUUCGCGGGCAACUUGGAGAGUACGGUCAAGGAGAAGAACAUCCCCGUACAGAAGAAGCUUUCCGAGGAGGAGGCGGAGGAGGAAGAGGAGGAAGUCGACGAAGAGGAAGAGGUAGAGGAGGAGGUAGAGGAGGAGGAAGAGGUGGAGGAAGAGCAAGAGGUGGAGGAGGAAUCUGUGGAAGAGAAGGGAAAAGUGGCCGACGCGCAGAAACCAAGCAAGCCGCACGAAACGUCAAAACCGCUGACAGUUGAAGCGGCUACGCUGGAGGUGGAAAAAGAAUCUCCAAAAUCAUCCGAAGACGUCGAACAGGAGGUGCAACAGGACAGCGAAGCCGUCCCUAGCCAAACCACCGAGACAGAAGUGAUCAAAGAAGAGGUAAAGGAAAAUCUCGCCGCAGAAGAAACAGAGUCACCGAAGGAGUCGAAGGGGACGAACGACAGAUCGGAGGACGACCGACCGAACUCGCCCAGCAACGCCAGCGAGUUCACGGUCGAUUCGAAGGAUCAUGGCGAUAAGCCUUUGGUGCCCCCGCAGACGUACCUCUGGGAGGAGGUUAAGAAGUCCAAGGAACAGGGCGGUUAUCCGUGGACUCACCUGUACAAAGGAGAUCCGGAGGAAGAAACUACCGGAGGACAGGCCGAGCGUACCGACUCUCCUGCGUCGAGCCGUCGACGUAAGGUUGAAGAGCAGACCGUAGAAGACGAAUCUCAGGAGACGAAGAAGGCCAAGGUUCAGAAUGGCGAACAGCAGUCGGCAGCGACGGCUACCAAUGGACACUGUGUCGAACCGGAGCCGGCGGCAUCACCAUCGGAAGCAGCCGGGACAAGCGAACCGAAGGUGGAAUCACCCCGUCGAAGCAGGAAGCGUGCGGCAUCGCACGAACCGGAAACUAGCGGACGGCACUCCAUGAAGGACGAGAUCAAGCACUUCCUCGACGAGCAUCCGAAGAUUCGCAGCUUUAGCAACAGUCUCACGCGCCAGGGCAAGAAGACGCGCACGUUUGUCAGUAGGUCGCUGGAGCGGGCCAAAUCGAUGGCGGACCGACAGUUGGAUAAGGCGCGCGUGCAGAUGAACACCUUGCGGCGCAAGAAGGCGGCAUCGGAACCGCGUGGCCUUCCGGACCAAAAAAUCCUGAACCUUAGGGAGUCGCCCCGGUUUAACAACCGAGAGAUUCCGGCCUACGUCGUCCGACAGCCGAGCGAUGAGGUGAUUGACGCGGUCGGUGAGGAGCCGAUAGCGAAGGUUACCGUGGAAACGGAAGUGGCCAAGAGUACCGUCGUUGUGCCGGAUGAAAUUAUUGAGCUGCCGAAGGUGGUUGACGAACAAGAACAGCAACAAAAGCAACCGGCUCCGGAGGAGGUUGAAGAGCCUAUGAUGGUGGUGGAAGUGGUGGCACCAACGAAAGCUACCCCUCCUGAGGAGCAGGACGAUCGGUAUGAGGUCAUUGAGCCACCGAAGGAGGAAAAGCCCGUCCCCGUCGAGGAACCUCCGAUAAAGCCUGUCAAGGCCAAGCCACCUCAGAAAGCCCCGCGGAAGAAAAAGGAACACCACUACGAGGACAUUGAGGAUUACCUGCCGCAGGAAGCUGCCAGCCCGGAGUCCGCUUCCAACGCAGCGGAUCAAGCUGCGGACACGAAACUCAAGCGCCAGGAUCAUAUCCGCGAGGGUAUCGAUCCGAUCCUGGGGGAAAUGUUGGGUAACGAGAAGAUCAAGAUCUCGCUGCAGCUACAGGACGAGAACUUUGUCGACGACAUGUUCGGCCGACGACGCAAGCACCUCGACGAGAUCCUCCAGCAGUCGUCCGAAGAUGAGCGGGAUAGGGAGGUCAUUCAACCUGCGAUAGCCAGCAAAGGCCUGCUGGCUCCACUCUCAUCCAUCGACUCGACCUCGUCGGAUGAGGAAGCACGCCGGACGCAUCUGUCGCCGCUCGCCGAGGAGAGCGACACCGGUAGCAUGGAUGGCAGUGUGGCAUCGCCUACACGGAAGCAGGACUCGCUGAAGGAAACGCCCGAGUUGCCGCCGGUCGCGGAGUGUAGCAAGGAGCUCGAGCUGACUCCCGCCGAGGAACAUCUGCGCAUGGAGCAGGGAACUUCCCAGGUGGUCGCAACCGGAGAUCUGGAGAAACCGAAGGUGGAGGGCACUGAAGCUGGUGCAACGCUGCAGGAGGCAGUCCCGGUGGUCACAACAACGGAGCAACCCAAGGUUGACACUCGCUGGUCAAAAAUGAGAUCAAACUGGCUAAUCUAG